AUGGAGCAAAGACGGGCCCUCCGGAUCUUCACUCCGCUACGAGCCGUCGAUGAUCGUCGGUAUAGCUCCGUGGCACCUCAACCAAUGCAUGAGGUCAAGUUCGUGCCCUUCUGCAAUGGCCACUUCCUUAGAUUGGCCAAUCUCAGUAACGAGAGGUAUGCCACGGGGACACUUUCUCGGUGCUCAGCUCCUCUUUCGUCUGUGAUCUUCUACAACGCAACUGUUCGCCACACUUGUCGUCGCCGUUGCAGCCACAAAUUAGCUUGGCUCAACUUUGGAAAGUUCCCUGCCAUCGACAAGAUCGAGUCAAACGCCUUUUCCGUCUCCUCGCGGGACAUCAUUGAAUAG